AUGGUCGCCAGGCGUCAGCCGUGCAGGCGGGCGUUCAUGGCGGCCACCCUGGCGUUGUGCUGGUCCAGGAAGAGACGGCGCUGUUCGCGCAGCUGGUCCGACGGCAGCGGCGUCCUCCUUGGCUGGCGCCUGCUCUUCCUGGACGGCUUCUUGCUGCCGCCGCCGCUGCGGCUGCCGCCCUUCCUCUUGCGCUUGGGCUUGCGUUUCUUCUUGCCGCCACCGCCGCCGCCGCCGCCGCUCUUGCGCUUGUUGGUGAUGGGGCUGGUGCUGUUGCCGCCACUCCCUAGAGGCACAUCGCUCGCCGGCUGCGAGAAGCCUGUGCCUGUGCCCGUCCCCGUACCGGUACCUGUUCCGGUGCCUGUUCCAGUUCCUGCAAUUUACAUAACACGACACAGUAGCAGCAUCUCUCACCAAACACAUCUAUCUCACAAGGGAAACAUACACAACAGGACUGCUACCUAUCACCAAGGAAAAGUAUCGUGAUCUGCAAGAACUGAAG